AUGGCCACGGUCGGCUCGGGCGCCGGUGCCCGGGACCACGGCGCCACCAGCGCGUACUCGCCCUCUCGGCGCUCGACUACCCGCGCCUUGUCACGUGGGUGCCUGGCCACGCCCACCCUUACUCUGACGCCCUUAGAGAGCGGCCGGCUGCUCCGUUUCCAAGGACGCGCGCGCCUCCAACAGCAGGCCGCGAGAGGAGCGACCGGGACCCUGACUCGGGAAUCCCGCUCCGCGAGGCACCACCAGACCCGGACUCGGAGCCGCGGGUGCCCGGAGAUGAGCAUCAAUGACUCCUCCCUUAUGGCUGGGAUCAUUUAUUACAGCCAAGAAAAGUACUUCCGCCAUGUGCAGCAGGCCGCGGCCGUGGGCCUGGAAAAAUUCAGCAGUGACCCAGUGCUGCAGUUCUUUAAAGCCUAUGGAGUCCUCAGGGAAGAGCACAUCCAGGAUGCCAUCAGCAGCCUAGAGAGCAUCCAGAAUCACCCCGACGUGUCCCUGUGCUCCGUCAUGGCUCUCAUUUAUGCUCACAAGUGCUGUGAAACCAUCGACCGAGAAGCGAUUCAGGAACUUGAGAGCAGCCUGAAGGAAAUCCGCAAGACAGCCAGCGGGACUGCCCUGUACUAUGCCGGCCUCUUCCUCUGGCUCAUGGGCCGCCAUGACAAGGCCAAGGAAUACAUUGACCGCACGUUGAAGGUCUCCAGCAGCUCCAGAGAGGGCUACGUGCUCAGAGGCUGGGUGGACCUCAGCUCAGACAAACCCCACACGGUGAAGAAGUCCAUCAAGUACCUGGAGCAUGGCAUUCAGGACACCAAAGAUGUUCUGGGGCUGAUGGGAAAGGCAACGUACUUCAUGAUGCUGCAGAACUACUCGGGGGCUCUGGAGGUGGUGAACCAGAUCACCGUCACCUGGGGCAGUUUCCUGCCGGCCUGGGUCCUAAAGAUGCGGCUGUUCUUGGCUCGGCAGGACUGGGAGCGGACGGUAGAAACGGGACACAGAAUCCUAGAAAAAGAUGAAAGCAAUAUUGAUGCCUGCCAAAUUCUAGCUGUGUAUGAGCUUGCAAGAGAAGGAAACAUAACCACAGUAAGUUCUUUCAAGACUCAGAAGUUACUCCUUGAAACCAACACAGCCAAGGAGGGACCCCUCACAGCCCCUCCACCCUCAAGGCAUUGGAGGGGGCUCCCUGGUUCUCAGCUCCCUGCCCCCUCCUCCAUACUCCCUGCCAGGGAGGUCUGCUCUGGUUUGGUCUUUGAGCCACACAGUUCCAAAGGCCAGCAGUGA